GCGGCCAUCUUUGAUAAGGGAAGGUUCCCGCGGGGAGCUGACCACUGUCCCUCCCUUCGCUCGCCGCUGGCCUUGAACGAUGGCGGCCUCUGCGCCGGCUCCGCACGCCACCGGCUUCCCCGCCGAGGGUCGCUGCGGGUUCUACGUGGCGAAGAAGAAGAGGUUCUGCAGGAUGGUGGCGGCCGCCGGCAGGAGGUUCUGCGGCGAACACGCCGGCGCCGCGGAGGAAGAAAAUGCUCGAAAAAGAAUCCUGUGUCCUUUAGAUCCGAAACACACCGUGUACGAAGAUCAGUUAGCAAAGCACUUGAAAAAAUGCAACUCAAGAGAGAAGCCAAAACCUGACUUUUUUAUUCAAGAUAUUAAUGCAGGCCUAAAAGACGAAACAGAAAUACCUGAACAGUUAGUUCCAAUUUCUUCUCUCCCUGAAGAGCAGUUGGAAAUUCUAAUUAAGAAGUUGAAAAAAGUAAGUGAGGGUUUGAACUCUACACUUAAAGAUCAAAUUAUGUCCCACCCAGCAUUGCAUGAUGCCCUUAAUGACCCUAACAAUGGGGAUUCUGCCACCAAACACCUGAAGCAGCAGGCUUCUAUUUUAGGUAACAUUGAGAAAUUAAAGUUACUUGGCCCGAGAAGAUGCUUUGUUGAGUUUGGAGCAGGAAAGGGGAAAUUGUCUCACUGGGUUGAUGUUGCCUUAAAAGAUGCCGAAGAAGUUCACUUCAUCCUCGUAGAGAAGGUGCCCACGAGGUUCAAGGUAGAUGGCAAACACAGAAAGGAAAAUGCAGUGUUUCAGAGACUUCAGAUUGACAUCCAGCACCUGUGUCUGAACAGGAUUCCCGUGCUGAGCAGGGAGAAGCUGCCCGUGGUGGGAAUCGGAAAGCACCUGUGUGGAGCGGCCACAGAUCUCGCGUUACGCUGUCUGGUGGAAACGUAUGGCGCCAGCCGUGAGGAAGGGCGUGAAGAGCCUUCAGCCAAACGCAUCAGGAACGAUAAAGCGGACAGAAGCCUCGACGCCGCGGCCGAGGACGGCGGUGACAGCAGCGAGGCGGAGGCCUGGGCCCCGGUGGCUGGCAUCGUGGUCGCUCUGUGCUGUCACCACAGGUGCGACUGGAGACACUACGUGGGCAAAGACUACUUCAGGGCUCAGGGCCUGGGCGCCCGGGAGUUCCACUAUUUCCAGCGCAUGAGCAGCUGGGCGACGUGUGGGAUGCGGACGGCGGCUGUGGAGGCCUCCAGCGCCCUCGGGACGAGCGAGGACGAGAGCGAGGACGGCGAGGAGCAUGAUGGCGGGGGACACAGAGGCCCGGAGGACCGCGCGGGGACGUGGCCCGGGGGUCUCCCCGGGGCGGAGAAGGAGCGGCUGGGGCGCCUGUGCAAGCUGCUGAUCGACCAGGGCCGCCUGCAGUACCUGCAGCGGAGGGGCUUCCGGGCCGCGCUGCAGCGCUACACGGACCCCGCCGUGUCCCUGGAGAACGUGCUGCUCACCGCCUUGCCGGCCCAGGCUCCGGCCGCCGGCACCACUGCCUGAUGAAGGAGCUGGACGCUAUCUGUCUUCCACCAAACAAGGCCUCCCACUGUGUUUUUAUACUCAUGAAAAUACCAUUUAUAGCAGGUAACACAGACUUUAAAAAACGUUGUGCCUCAUUGCACUUCGGUACUAGCUCUGUUUUUUACUUGAGAAGAGUCCAGGCUCCAGAGAAUUCACCAAAGUCACUUCAGCAGGGGCCUGGUCCUGUCAGCCAUCGGGGUCUGCAGAAGAGGGGGGCGGGGUUGCGCAAUUGGCUCCAGCAUCUGAAACACACACAACAGGUUGCCAUGGGACUAGCAUAGUCACUUUCCAGUCACAUGAAUUUUGGAAACCAAAUGGGGUUUUUUCCCACACAGAUCUGAAAAGAAUCGUCAGUUAGGCUUUUUCCCUUUGCAAACAAUUCAGAGCUAUUUAUAAUCAAUCAGUAAGUUCGCCUUCAGAUGUCCAGGGUCAGACCUGUGUUCAUAUGUUAUCAGGAUUUGUUCAAGCAAACUCCAAAGCCAAAGCGAUGUUUUCCAGGGGAAGAAAAAAGGUAUUUCAUUCUGUUGGGUAUUAUGCAGUUAGAACUUCCAAAAAGACACUAAGAAGCCCACUUCACAAAUUAAGUCGAAAUUUGCAAAUAAGUUUGGAGAUUAAUUAUCUCACAUCUUUUAACAGGCUACUUUUACAUGUGUAAAUGCAAAUAUAAGUGUGUUCUCUCUGGUUUAGGAAAAGAGUUGGGGGUGCAGUGAGAAUUAGGUAGUGAACUAAACACCACACACAGCCCCACUUAACUCAGCGUUUCUGUGCACAGCCACAGUAAGCCAGACAUGGUGGGACUGAUUUUCACAUCUCAUCCUUGAGUAAUUCUGCCUUUCUUUGUAAACAGAUGUGUUAAUCAUGGCAUGUUUGCCAAGACAAAGAUUCAGAAUUACUAGUUUUGCAUUAAUGAUACUCUUAGGUAACUUUUUUAUAGGUCUAUGGUCACAUGAAUUGUAAAUUAAACAGCCUAUUUAUAAUUCCUGACUUUUCUAUUUUAUUUUAAUCUCACGUGUUGUGAAACUGCAUGGGUUCAAAUCCCAGGCCUACCACCUCUCAGCUGUAUGACCUUGGGCAAGCUACUUAAUCUCUUUGGCUCAAUUUCCUCUUAAAAGGGGGGUGACGACAAUAAUAAAGCCUACCUCGAAAGGUUGUGAACAUAAGAUGAGAUUAUGAAUGUAAAAUACUUAGAACAGUCGGAGCACAGUUAAUACUCAUUACUAACUGUUCUAAAUGGUGCUAGUUCUGAGCUUAUCAUCAUUUUAAAUAAUAAGCAAACUUGAUUGUAUUGACUGUUUAAGUUACAACCUUUUUCUCUUGUUAUAAGUUGCAUGCAAAAUAUUAGUAAGGUAAGGUAGUUUGAUUAUAUUUUAAGUUAAUUACUCAUGCCCUCCUCCCCCAUUCAAGGAAAUAUAAAUGAAGAUAAUACAUCACUCAAUAACUAGCCUGAUACACUGGGUCAGACGAUGCUCAUUUACAUUAUAUCAUCCAAUUUGUGCCAUUCAACAGCUCAUGCCCAGAAAUAAGUGAUUACGUUAUAGGAGGCAUAAUCACUUAAGUUUCAUAAAACCUUUACACACACACACAAUCACACAGUCUGUGGCCCAUCUGUGUUUCUGACACGGGUACCUUCUCUAUGGGGAGUAAAGAUUGCCCUUCAGUAUGCCAGCCGUGGGUCAAUUACUGUUUUCCCCAACCCUGUUCUUUUCCCUUCGCAUCCUGACUGGUGUGUGGGACAUGCACCUAGCGGUUCCUCACCUGCAGAGCCUGCGGGUCCAGCUGAUGGAUGUGUUUCGCUCCCAUCGAUGCUUCCAUUUGUCUCUCUUCCUUCCUCUCCCU